CUCUUCCCGACUUCACACCAACACAAACCCCAAGAGCAAGCAAGUCGAAGCUUCCUCCUCCUCCUCAGCACUUCAUCAUCAAAAUGGCGGGUGUUGUCCUUUUCAGAGCUGUCUUUGUCGUGUUCUUGGCUGUGUGCGCGUGCAGUGUUGAGGCCAUCACCACACCACCAACACCAAACAGGGCCAAGCUGGCGCAAGAUGACAGCGGCGCCGUGCACAUCAACUCGAGUGACCCAGCGACCCAGCCCGUGUUCCUGAAUGGCGUGAACGUUGUUUCGGAGAUGCAAACGCUGCGUGGAACCGUGGUGGCACAACAGAGCAUGAUUCAGGCGUACCAAUCAACGGUGCAAGCACACCAGAGCAUGAUCGCAGCACAGAACAGCACGCUUCAAUCCCAGCAGAGCACGAUCGAUGCUCUUCGAGGCAGGGUGUGUGAGGCGACUGCCAGCACGUUCGGACAGCUUGGCUCAACAACAGCCAAAUGGCGUGGCGGUGUAUUGGCGAACAACGGCCUGAUCUACGCGGCACCAUACAACUCGCCUUCUGUGCUUAUCAUCGAUCCCAGAACCAACACCGCUGACACAACCACGAUCUCCGGACUCGGAACAGACAUCCUAAAGUGGGCGGGUGCUGUGCUGGCACACAACGGCCUCAUCUACAUGUUCCCAGCAAACAGGGAGACGAUGCUCAUUAUCGACCCCGACACCAAUACCGCUGACACCACAAGCAUCCACUCGCUUGGCUCCGGUCAACGCAAGUGGUACAGCGGUGUGGUGGCUGACAACGGACUCAUCUUUGGCAUUCCAUUCGCUGCGGGCUCUGUGCUGAUCAUUGAUCCCAACACCAACACAGCCGACACCACAACUGUUGUGUGAAAUGCUGACUCAGCUUUCACACAACAUACCCAACCACUUGCAUGCAUGCAAU